GCUCUCGAUUACGACUGUGAAGUCCAAGAACAACAGGACAUCCCCCAGGCCAUACAGCUGUUGGGUGAAAUGAAUAGCAAUGUAAAACAAGUUACCGAUUUGGUUGAGGGCAUGUUGCAGCGUGUCAAACGUGGCGAACUGACCACAGAAUACGGGCUCAGUUUUCUCGAAGUCAAAUAUCAUAUGCUACUCGAUUAUCUCAUAAAUUUGACCUAUGUUGUGCUACGCAAAUGUUCUGGUGAAACAAUUGAAGGUGAUCCUUCAAUAGAACGUCUGAUUGAAAUUCGUACCGUUCUGGAAAAGAUACGACCCAUAGAUUAUAAACUCAGAUAUCAAAUAGAUAAAUUGGUGAAAACCGCAACCACAGGUGUUUCCUCAACAACAGAUCCAAUUUUAUAUAAACCAAAUCCUGAAAAUAUGUUAACUAAUGAAAAUGCCGAUGGCGAUGAGGAUGAAGACGAUGAUGACAGUGCUUCCGAAUCCGAUGAAGAGGUGGACGAUGAGCAGGGUGUUAAGAAACCCAAAAAGGGUGCCACCGCCGGCAAGCCUGGCAUUUAUGUGCCACCCAAAAUCAAACCUGUCUACUAUGAUGGUGAUGAGAAACCCGAGGAUAAGGAAAAGAAAUUGCUGGAAAGGGCCAAGAAACGGGCCAUCACGUCCUCCAUGAUGGAAGAUUUGAAAGAGGAAUAUUUGGAUGCACCUACAGAAAUUUCUUCCGGUUCACGGGCCCAACAGAUAUUGUCUCGAGCCCAAAAGGAGAAGCAGGAAUAUGAGGAAGCCUAUUUGACACGUCUGCCUGUGACCAAAGCUGAAAAGCAUCGUAAUAGGAAAUUAACAACAUUGGGUACAUUGGGCGAUGAAAUCUUGGGCGAAAUUAGCCGUGAUGCUGCCUUACGUGGUGAUUCGCUGGGUGGCAAAAAACGAAAAGCCAAAUCGGGUAAAGGCAAAAAGAAAGGUGGCAAGAAACGUAAAUUCCAUUAAA